CUUUCAAUGGUGAUGAAACGAUUACUAGCAUCGUGUGUGUGUAGAUAAUUAGACCAGACGUAGCGUCUUUCUGAAUUUCUAUACAAAAUAUACUGUUUGGAUUUUGCUGUUGAACUGUACCAAAGCAAAACCACUUUGGUGGGUUAGUAAAAACGUUCUAGGAUACUUGGUUGCUGGCGCUUUGAAAUAAUCCAAGAAAAAAUAAUAACGAUAAAUAAAAUUAAAAACAAGUCGGAUGUAUUUUGACGGCAUGAAUGACGAUAGGUUAUUGGAUUUGGUAGAGGCCAAUGAUAUUAUUUACAACAAGGCACACCCGUACAACCACAGCUAUGAAAGAAAGAGGAAAGUGUGGAAUAAAAUUGCAGCCGAAAUGGGUACACCGGUGGAUGACUUGGUUAAACGCUAUCGAGUCCUAAGGGAUCGAUUUGUACGCUAUAAACGUGUUGAGAUGCUAACUGGCUCGGAAAAUAAAUAUCGCUCACCCAUUGUGGAUAGAAUGGAAUUCCUGACACCACAUGUAUUUGUUAAAAAUACAAAUGGUGAAAAAGUUACCUGGACUGGCCCAACCAAAGAAGAGAGCAAUACAUCAUCGAAUCAAGUCAUAGUCUCUUCAAUAUCACCAGUACCCGAUGAAUCGGACGCUUACAUGGAAAUGCAGUAUUCAUCGUCACCAGAGCGACCAAAUCAAACGAGUUCUGGUGUCAAACGAAAGGCCAACACUUCUUAUGCCGGCCCUAGCACCCGCGAUAGUCCAACAAAUACCCACAGUAAUAACAAUAAUACAGAGGCUGAUGAAGCAUUUCGUGAGGCAUUGGGCACAUUUAAGAAAAUGUGCCGGGCCCGUGAAGAAAGACAAGAAAAUGAGGCCUUACAUGGUUUUGGUCAAAUGAUUAUGGCGACCAUAGCCGGCAUGAGUGCCAGCAAACAAACCAAAGCAAUGAUGCGUGUUACGGAGUUGGUUAUGCGCAUCCGAAUGGAGGAAGAAGAUUGAAGAAAGCAUAAACAUUAUAAUGAAUUGACGUAGUUUAUAAUUAUUACUUAGUAAGAUUGUUUGAUAUUCUAUAAGGAACAUUGUGUUGAUUAUUUCAUUUAAUUUAAUGAAAUUUAGUUUUCAAUUUAA